CACGUGCUAAGCGACGGGAAGUAGUGCUAAAAUUUGGUUGGCCAGUCAAAGUGAUGAAUAUUUAAUUAGAUUGAGCCCAGCCAACGCCCUUUUAAGGGGUGGAGCUAAAGUUGCACACGUGACAUCAUGAGUGAAGACUUUGUUCAAUAUCGUCUCUUUCCUCCUGUUACUCGAAAGGAUUUGACUCUAUUAGCUCUAAAAUACAGUUCUGAACUCGAAAACUUAUCAUCAAAGCACGUAUGGCACUAUCAGUCAUUCAAUCUCUAUCCAGCACCAGAUGAGCUCUUGCCUCAGUUGGUGGGAUGUACAUGUCAUCGCGGUAACAUAGAGGAUGAGUGGUUUAUUGUGUGGCUUUUGUUUGAGCUGUCAAAGAAAGAGAGAGACCUGGUCAUUAGUAUCACUGAUGAUGACGGGCAGUUUCUAUUAAUAGAAUCAGCUCAUUAUUUACCUAAAUGGUUAAAACCAGAAACAGCAGAAAACAGGGUGUACAUUCAAGGCGGAGUUUUGCAUGUAAUACCUCAACCACAGACACCAGGGGAAGUCAGUCUUUUACCUGUGACCACACCCACUUUAUCAGAAGGUGUGGCACUAAUUCGUAACGAUUCUAUCAAAACAGUAGCAUCUGAAUCAAUACAGCACUGCAUUCACAAGAGACUAAGCAAGUGUCCUCCUCCACUGCAAACUUCUCAUGUAUUCCUUCCUUUGCCAGUGGCUCAUUUAUUCUCAAUUGAUAAACAGUUAGUCGUGUCGUCAGCUCAUGCAUUGAUUGAGCGAGACAAGCAAGACAUGAAAGUUGCAGUUAAGUUGGAUCAUUUUUCACCAAUGCAAUAUCCAAUGGUUAUGUCUGAUGUUCAGAUGCCUCGCUUAUUGUAUGCGAUGCUUUUACGUGAAACUGUCUCUCCUGGUCCCUCUACCGCUGGGGGUCAAUCAUUUGAUCUUUCUUUAGCAUCGCACACUCUUGGAAUAAAACUAUCUUAUGGUUUAGAGAUACUGAUAUCAAGAUACGGUUGUGGCUCUAGCAAUGGAGGUAGUGGCGAUAGCAGGAAAUGGCUCGAAUUUAUGGCUAGUUUAAAGUUGAAUGGCUACUUUGGUGAUGAAAUUGAAGGCUCAGCACGAUAUCAAGCAUUAUUUAAAUCAGCUCGUGACUAUUAUAAUAAGAAUAUCAGUGAUAAUGCAGAGAGCUCUGUAUUGGACAAAGCAAGCAAGGAAGCAUGCAGUCUUUUAUCUGAUGGAGCUUGGUCUGAAGAGACUUUUAAGAACAAGACUCUACGACCACCAGAUGAUGAGAGCUGGCUGAAUGUCAGUGAGGAGCAGUUGGAGCAGCUUCUUGAAGAAAGAGCUGGUUUUACUCAUAAAAAUAAAGAAAGUGAAUCUUGCCUGGGGCUAGAGGAGGCUAGCUUUGGAAUAAAGACUUUUGUUGAUCAUGUCUCCUCUUUUGAUGGGGCAGAGUUUCCCUGGUCAGCUGAUAAUACUCAAGGGGUGAGUAUUGAUGGAGACGGAUUUAUUGAGACGCUUGAAAACAUGUUAAACAAAUUGCAAGAGCCAUCAGAUGAUGAAUAUGAAGAAGACAUAUUGUCAGAUGAUGAUAUUAUAGAGGAAGAUGGAGGGAGUGAGGGUGAGGAUAUUAAAGACUUGAUGGAAGAAAUGGACAGGGAGUUAGCCAGUACCACUUUAAGUGAUAGCUUCAGGAGAGCACCCGAAGAAGGAGAGGAGGAUAAAGAGAAAUCAAACAGGCAGGGAAGUGCUGGAGAAGAAGAUGGAAAAGAGAACCUCCAGCCUCUGGAUAUUGAUUAUAAUUUGCUCUCCAAUCUAAUAGACUCAUACAAUGAGAGCCUUGGGCAGGCUACACCGUCUUCCAACAUGCUCAGAACUUUAGGAAUAUCUUUACCAUCUGUAAAACAAUUACAAAAAUGAUUACUGUUGAAGCUUUUAAUGCCUCCUAUGCAAUACUAGCGCAAUGGCAGUGUGGCAAUUUUUCAUUUAAAAAGAAGCUAUCUUUCUGUAAUAUUUUAAAUCAUAAAUUAAUCAUCA